GAUAGCGAGCACCACGUGACCUAGCGCCAAUCAAUGUAAAGACCAGUUUCCCCUACAAUCGAGGAUUCGAGCGCCAUUUGCCCAUUCUGGACGGAAGAACGCUCGAGGUAAGGUGUGGCUUGCAGCAGGCUGGCUAGAAGGCCACAGAAGAAAGACAGAGAUAGUAUAUGCUGUGCUUUAAACGUUAGAGAAAGACCGGAAGUUAAAAGAAAGCGAGAGGAAGAUAGAAGGCAAGACACGAGAAUUGUAGCUGAGCUCUACUGCUCUCUCCGUGUUCGGUGGAGAGUCAGAAGACUGACGUAAAAGAAAAAAAAAAGAACAGGAAGUCGGUACGGCAUCUUAGGAAAGACGCGUUGAGCAAUGUUGGAAGGAUUUGUAAGGUGAGAACGACGGUCUCGAGUCGCGUAGCGCCGAGAUACGCGACUGAUUUCUUGAACUACGUAUUUCGUUCAUUCGGACCAAUUCGAAUGGACUGUUCACGGUGGCUCCAGCAUAUAACGCAGCAUCUCUGUGUUAGUGAAGUGUUGAAAAAGAAGCUGAAGUUGAGAACAUGUGUUGUACUUGUGAUAGGAUUGAGUUCACAUUAAAGAAACGACUGAGGAACGAAUAAUAAAAUUAACGUCGAGAAAAAGAUACAAACAUACAUUUGUUAUAUAUUCUAUUGUGAAAAAACAAGAAUAACAUUAACACGUUUUUUAUGAGACAUGAUGUCGAGUAGACUGUCGAUGUGGUUGUUGAGAUAAAGAGAUAGAAAGAAGUGUAUGGUGACACAACGCGUGGGAUCAUGCAUUUGUCGAGUGAACUGAAACAUUCCGCUACUGUGGCGUUAAUUGGACCUGUCGUCUUUAUUUACAAAAGGAUCAAUAAUCGAGACAAGCUGCUGGCAGUGCCAGCGGCGGAGGAGAAAGAGGAGGAGGAGUAAAAGAAAACACGGCAUUGAGAUGCCGUAAGAAAUGAUGAAUACACGUGAGAAAACGUUGAAUUGAAACAUAGAUACAUAUAUAUAAAGUUCAAGAAAGACACCAAGCAUUUGGAUGUCUUUAAGAAACGUAUUCUAUCAUAUAAUUCUAAGUGCCAUUUCGUAUUUGAAUAUUUAAGAAUAAAUGUAUAAGAUGCGUGUAUAUAGAAUGCGUCCAAGCACUUAGUAUUCAUACUGUCCUCAGUUACCGAUAAACAUCAAAUCAAGAUUGAUAUUCAAUUGAAUACAAUCCUAAACGGAUAUCAUGUAUAUACAUUAAUCAUUAUAUAAAAAUCAAUGGUAAAGUGUUACUUGAAAGUGCCAUAUUAAAAAGAAAUUUUUUUUCAACUUUGUUAAGUCUCAAAUAUUUUGGUUCUCAGAUAUUUAGAAUAUAAUAGAAAUCAAUGAUUUCAUUGUUAAUAUGAGCAAAUUAUAUCUAGAAAGAAGACAAAUGUGCUCUAAAAAAAGAAAAUUACAAAAUCAAAGAAACAUUAAGAGUUUUAUUUAAUACUUGCAACAUGCCAGGUGGAAGUGUUAUAGAGGAAGAUUUGGUGGAUCCUGAGUGGCUUUUUAAGCAACUAAGAUCACCAGAUGGUCCUAACAAACUUCUUAUUUUAGAUUGUAGAGCACAUUCUGAUUUUUCUGAAGCUCGCAUUAGAGGCUCUGUACCUUUAGCUAUACCUAGCAUUAUGUUGAGACGACUGGCAGCUGGAAAAGUUGAUCUAUUAUCAACAAUAAGGUGCUUAGAACUAAGAAACAGAGUAGAAAUAUUUCUGUGUGGUGAUGAAAGUAGUAGAGGGACAUUUGUAUUGAUUGGUGACUCUACAGAUCCUGCAGGACAUCAGGGUGAAACAAUUCAAGUUUUAAGUCGAAGACUUAGAAAUGGUGGAGGAUGUGUUGCUAUUUUAAUGGAUGGUUUUGGAGCAUUCAAAGAUAGAUACCCUGAAUGGUGUGAAGGUAGUCAAACUAGUGGUGAAGGUCCUCCAGGUCAAGAUUCUAAUGAAGGUGAAUUAAUGGGUCUUAGAUCACUUCGAAUUUCCACAUUACCUACAAGAUCAUAUUCAGAUUCUGACAGUGAUAGUACAUGUGAUUCUGUUGGUCCUGAGGAGGAUAAAGAUUUUCCAGUCGAAAUUCUACCCCAUCUAUAUCUUGGAAAUGCAGCAAAUAGCGAAGACAGAGAAGCUUUAGCACGUCAUAGGAUACAGUAUAUUUUGAAUGUGACCCCUGAUUUGCCAAAUGUAUUUGAAAACGCUGGUUCGAUAAAAUACAUGCAAAUACCUAUAAGCGAUCAUUGGAGCCAGAAUUUAGCUAGUUUCUUUCCACAAGCAAUUCAAUUCAUUGAGGAGGCUCGAAGCUCAGAUAAGGGAGUGCUGGUUCACUGUCUGGCCGGAGUGUCUCGGUCCGUUACAAUAACCGUAGCCUAUCUUAUGCACAAAUGUAGCCUCAGUCUGAACGAUGCCUUCAAUUUAGUGCGCAGUCGAAAAUCUAAUAUCGCACCGAACUUUCAUUUUAUGGAACAAUUGCAUAGUUUUGAAAAAGAACUGAGAGAUAGAGGCGACAGAAGUAAUAGAGGAAACGAUCAAAGAUGUAUAGGAGCUUGCCGACCUGGUGGGCCUUGUAAUUGUCCAGCUCCCAGUUUUCUUAGUCCCAUAGAUUUGGGUCUUAGUCCAGAUUCGGGAAUAGAAUUCGAUAGGUGGGCAUCGAGUACGCCGGCUGAAUGAGACGGGCCAGGGGGGACCCAAUAUAAAUUUUAGGUCCCUCCUAGUAUGCUGCCAUAGCAGAAAGUAGCAAAGAGAAGCCCUAAUUGAAGGGUGCGGGAAGUUCACAUUUCUGCGAAAAAGAGAUAUGUUGCUAUGAUUGCGAUAAAUUACGAUUAUAAAUAUAUUGUGAUUAAAAAUUUAGAAUCAGUCAAAAAAUAUAAAAAUUUUUAAACAAAAAUUUAGUUUUGAAUUAGUUCAAGAAUUAAGAAUUUUCAUUAUUAGCUAAA